ACAUAAACUCCUCAAUCCACCCACCAUCCCAUCCCAUCCCAUCCCAUCCACUCAUCCAUCCACCCAUUCAUCAUCCACCUUAUUUCUCCACAUCCACACACGCACACAUACAUACAUUUCACACAAAAAACACGCAUCAAUUUUUUCCAAUUUCAUUUAUUUAUUUCUCUUGAAAAGAAUUUAAAAGUACUGGACAAUCCUUCCUAAGAAAACUUUGCUUUAUUUCUUCACUUCGAGACUUCCUUCUCAAUCAAAUAUUUUCACUCAUCGAUAUUGUUGUUAUCUUUUUUGACUUUCUUCAAGAUACUUCCUUCGAGACACUUCCUUCGAGAUACUUCCUUCUUCGAUCGAUUCGAUUCAUCAAUUAUCUUCCUUCAUCCAAAUAGAGAUACUACAUACAACAAACUCAAUAGAUACUCUGUAAUAUUCCAUCAAAAACGAACACGAACAUCAACUCUUCAUCACCCUCAUCGUCACCAAAAAAAACUUAAAAGAAGGCCAGGCCAUUCUUAUCAGUCCGCGACCGACAAAAAUUCAAUCUCAUCUCAUCUACACCUCGUUCUCGGAAUUCUCCAGGUUUUUUGUUCUUUGAAUUAAUCAAACCUUUUCUUGGAUUCACCAUCAAAAAGUUAUUCUUCAUUUACACAAAAUCCCUUCACGUUUUCGAUAAGACUCAUUUCGAUCAAACUCUACACUUCACCCACACAUUCACCCUCGUCUUCUGCGAUUUGUUUGUUGCUUGUGUCGAAAUACAAGGCUUGCCUAUCUUUCAACACCACUUCAUCUCGCCACAACAUUCGAGCUUCUUUCUAAAAGAAUUACAUUUUACAAAGCAAAACAACAUAAUUCCAUUGAAAAUCUUUCAACUUUACGUACAUUACGAAUCGAUAAUACUCUUUUCGAUUUACCUUAAUUUAUUUAAUACAACUCUACGUCCUUUACUCACUCAGGUCGACCUGAUAAUCCAUCCUUACACGAAAAACCCGUCAAAUCGAUAGCAUUCCCUUCGACAAUUGACAUUUACGAAUCCACGAAUCAAACGAUUCCUUCUUUCAAACUCAAAUCCACAGUACCACUUUCAAUUGUAUAAAAACAUCAAAAUGGACGCAGGCGGUCUUGCUCAGAUGUCUUACAACAACUUCUCUUCCAACAAUGGUUUGGGUAUGCCAGUUACUGGUUUCGCUGCUAGAAGAGCUGCGAAUGGUUCCAAUAUUAAACGUCUCUCCUUCGAACCCACCAACAAGUCUCUUGAAGCUCAAGAUAAUGGUGUACCAACUCCAAGAACAUCUCGUUCUCAUUUACUUGCAGGUUUAAGAACUGCACCAAAAUCUGCUACUUCUGCCAACUUUCCAUCAACUGCUCCACCUACUCAAGUUCAACACAACACUGGAAACAAUGGGUUGAACUCUAACAGAUAUUCCGACAAUGGACCAAAGACCUCCGUAUAUGCUUCAUUCAAUCAAGGAAAUCAUCAAAUGAAUCAACAUCAGAUGUAUUCGGUUCCCGAACAAAUUCUUUCGCCACCUGAAAUUCACAUUGAUGAUGGACAUGAUGGAAUGGAUCCAAAUUUGUAUGCCCAACUUGUGGCUACGAAUUUGUAUCUGGCAGAACAACAACAACGUCUUCAACAACAAUUGAUGAGUGUCCAAGCUGCCGCUCAACAAAUGCAAGGAAUGAAUUUGAAUGGACACUAUUCAACUCCUCCCAUCACCCCACAAAAUAUGGGAAUGUAUCAACAACAGCAGAUGAAACAGAACAUGCAACCAAUCAUUACACCUGUCAUGGGAGCUCAACCUGGUAUUUAUUCUUAUUACAACCCAAUGACUGGACAACAAACCUAUUUCAUGGAUAACAGUGGUCAACAAUAUACCGAGUCCCUGAACGAACAAAGACUUAGCUAUUCUCCACCACAACAACCUGGAACACCAAGAUUUCAAGUAUCCCCACCACCACCAUCUGAUACACCAAAUUUCACCAGAUCAAUUAGCCCACCAAAGAAACCAGCAUCACCACCACAAGAUCAUGCUCCUUUACCACCACCAUCCGCUGGUGCUUUCCGUAGAGGACAUCGUAAUUCAAAAUCGAUGGCUAUGUCUAUCUCUGGUGAGAUUGCAUUGGAUGGUCCAAAAAAUUCUGGUUUACCAAAAUCUACUUUCCCAGGUACUCCAACUCAAGUAGGAUUUGCUCCAGGUGCAGGACGUGCUGGUGAACAUCCAGUAAGACAACCAAGAGGUCCCCCACCUAUUGAAGAAUUGAAAGCCAAACCAACCGCAAAAUUUGAAGGUUCCAAGAACUUUGCUACUCGAACUCGUCGAAGUGCUGUUCAUAAUCUUGUUCGUGCUGGAUUGGAACGUAGAAGAGCACCAGGUAGUGCAUCAGGUAGCAUGUCACCUGUUUCAGAACAUGGUGAAAUAUCAUUCUCAGUUGAUGAUAAUGAUUCGGAUUCUGGUCGUAGUGGAAGUGGAAGUCUUUCAGGUCGUCCAAGUCCACCAAGUUCUCGUACAUCUCAACAUGGUGCUAUUGGUUCUAAUAGACCUAGCUCAAGACAAAAUUCUCCUGAGAUGAAAUCUGUCAUCUCAGUUGAUUCAUUCACUGCUGAGAGUGUUUCUGGUGAUGAACAAAUUGGUGGUAGUUUUGCUGCUGUUUUUAAGAAUGGUGGAAAGAAGCCUGAAACGGCUGAUGUUCAAAAGAAAGCACCAAUGCUUGUUCUCACUAGCGUCGAGAAACGUAAAAGUUCCAUCUUUUAAGAUGAUCAAAUCAUCAAUUUGGGUAGAUCCCAUUUUUUUGAUUAUUCGAUCUCUACUUUAACUUGUUGAACAAAAGAAACAAUUUGAUAUUGAAUUCAACACUGUCCAUAUUUUGACGCGGGGAAUUGGUUUCUUUUUUGUGUCGGAUUUUACGAACAUGAUGAAUACUUUUCUGAGAAACAAAUUCUUAAUUAAUAUUGGAGGAACUUUUUGAGCUUUUAGUCUCAUGGUUGACCUUCAUUUGUUAUAGCGAUCUUACUUUCCCGUCUUUCGUUUUGGGGAUUCCCUUUUCAAGAUUGGAUUUUCCGUUACAUUCUCUUACAUUAUUUGAUAUUGAGGAAUUGUUUGACUUUGAAGAAGAUUCGUUCGAUUCAUUGUCUUUAAAUUACCGAAGUUGAUAAAAGGAGUGAGGAUAGGAUACCUUUCUCAAAGGGAAAGGAAGGAUCUUUCAUAGGAUGGAGGUGAAAUGGAUUGGGGAUAUAUGUUUGGACUUUUUUUUCUUGUUCUUUCUGGGGUUGGAAUGGUCAAUGGAAAUAGUGAUAUGAUUAUAUGCCUGGGUUUUAUUACUCUCUUUUUUAUUUGUUGUCUUUUCGAGGGUAGGGGUUAUAGGAUUAGGAAUAUGAACCUGUUGAUCAGAUUUGGAGGAAAUACCAGUUUGGGAUGGGGAAUAUAUUGUGUGGGUUUGAGGAAGAUGGUAGAGGAAAAAGUCGGGGGGUUGUCUAUCAGGGAUGAAGUUUUGAUAGUGUGUGAGAUUAAAUGGUGGUGAUGGAUGGACAAGAUAAGAAGAGAUGUGCGGAGUUGAGGAUAUAUUUGUAGCAAU